AUGGGGGAGCUGGCCCAGGCCCUGCAAAGCGUUGUCAAGAACAAGAGAAGCAACGCCAAACAGAAGCAAAGAAAAAUAUUGCAGGAUGUACAGAGCACUAUAAAUGAGAAGGGCCAAAUGAUCCACGCGCAAGUGAGGCAUGACGUGCAGCAGUGCAUGAAGGCGUGCCAGGCGGGAUUCGAGUCGCUGUUCGAGAGCCUGGAGGAAGUCGUGGGGCGAGCGGAGGAAGCGAGGAAAAGGUACCAGAGCGACAUGCAGGGUUGCGGCGAGCAGUACAAGGAAAUCCAGAGGCGAGCGGCCCAGCUAAAUCUGGGCCUCCAGGCGACCAUGACCAAGAAGCGCAGCGCCUUGAAGCGCAAGCUCGACGAGCUGCAGAGAGAGGCCGGCGACAUGCUGUCGGUUGCAAAGAAAAAGAUAUCCAAAUCGAGGCGACACGCCACAAAACUUCCCGAGCUCGCCAAGAUUCUGAAGGCGUUUCUGUAG